ACCAGAGGGGAAGACGUUAAGAUGUCUCCAUAGAAACAAGUGUAGCGAGGGAAGUCCAUAGGUAAUGUCCAGGCCAACGAUACCACCUUUGAGUGUUGGGGCAACAGCCCCAGAGUCUCUAUCCCUGCUGCAACAGCGCCUCCUGGUGGCCAAAAGGCAGGCGGAAGAGCUUGCAGAGCAGCUGGAUUCGCUGGGCGCGUCCAGGGAGCAGCUGCAAGCAAGGACUUCAGAUAGAACCCCCCCCCCUCGGCCGUUGAGUCCAGUGAAGGUGUACCGAGCUUUGAGGCCAGUGGGGGACGGAGUGCUAUGGCGGCAGUGUGAGUCCCUGGUGGGACGAGUGUGUCGGCUGGAGAGCCUCUUGCACACGUUAAAGUUGACCACCUUCCGUCUGGAGACAGAGAGAGAGCUUAACCCAUCCCACACGGCACGCUUGCAGGAGCGGCUAGCGGCCCUGCAGGAGCAGUGUGAGGAGGAGCAGCGCUCUUCACAGCGGGAGGUGAUGCGUUUGAGGGACCAGCUGCAGCAGGCCUGCGAGGAGAGAGAGGAGGCGAGGCAGGAGGCGCACAGACUCAGACAAGAGCUGGACAUCUCGCACUCCUCUAAAAUGGAUGUUGCCAUGGCAACAGAUGAACUGAAGGUGGUCAAAGUUCAGAUGAGUCAGAAACUGCGGCAGAUGAAGGAGGAGCUGGAGCAGGAGACAGUGGCCCGCCUGGAGGCUGAGCAAUCCCAUAAUGCCCUGCUUCAGAGAGUGGAGGAGAUAGAAGGAGUGGUGGAAAGAGAGAGACAGCAGGUGAAGGUUCUUCAAACCGACUGCCAUGCCCUACGUGUUGAUGGACAGGAGGCAAGGGCAGAGCUAGAAGAUAAGGACAAUCUUAUACAGUACUUGCAGGAAGAGUGUCAGCAGCUCAGGGACCAAUUAGGGCAUAAGGAAGAUCUCAUAUCAGAGCUAACCAAGGAGUUAAAGAGUGUCAGAAUAGCUUUGCAGAAGCAGCAGCAGGAAAACAGCAGACUCGUUAAGGAUGGAGGAGAACUGAGAGCAGCUGCAGAUAAAGUCCAGGAGCUGAAUAAUCAGUUGGACACUCAGUUUUCUGAUUUGAGUUCAGCACUUCAUUCCCUUACUGUGGAAAACAACCGACUACAGAUCAGUCUGAAGGCGGAGCAGGAGCAUGUGGCCCAGCGUGUGAAGGAGCAGGACCUGUUGUUAGACAGUGCCAGAAGAAAUAUCCAAUCUGAACUGCAGGAGGUGCUAGCUGAUAGGCUCUUGAUUAAGAAGGAACUGGAGGUUCUGAGGUCGGAUCAUGUCAGACUGCAGCAGAGUUCUGCUGUUGCCUUGGAGACAGCUGUCACUCACCAGGAACUGUUGGAGAGAACUAUUGAGCGCUUGCGGGAAGAGGUCAGCAGUGCUGUUAGAAAUGGAGAAACCAUGCAGAAGGAGAAGGAUGAGAUGACUACAACAAUCUCUAAACUGGAAAAAGAGCGUAACUCUUUAGAAACACAGCUUGCUGAGUUCCAGGAGGAGUUGUUUGAAACAAACUCCACCCUUCAGAAUCGGGAGGAAGAGAACAAGGGGCUGAUGGGAAGGCUGGAAGCUGUGCAGCAUCAGCAGCAAGUAGAACAGGUGUUGCAGCAGCUGUUGGACAGUAAGAACAAGCUGGCCUAUGAGAACAGCAAGCUGCAGACUCAAGUUCAACAGCUGGAGGUGGAAUGCACAAUGGAACGGCAGACAAGCUCCUCUCUAGAGAGCAAAUACACACAAGUUAGCACAGAGCUCAGGUGUGUGAAGCUGAACUAUGAAAGUCUGCAGGAGCAGCUCAAACAGGCAAAGAGAGAUUUACGAAUGAAGGAUUGUGAGGUGUGCAUGUUGGGCGAGGACAUGCUGAGAGAGCAGCUCACCACACUGCAGCUACAGCCCAGAGACAUGCAGAACACUAAGGCUCUGCAGAUGGAAGUGGGAGGCAAAGAGCAGGAGCUUCGUACUCUCCAGAGAGAAAGACUGCGGAGUCUACAAGAAAUCCAGAAGCUCAAAGAGGAAGUGGAAAAUCUACAUAGCUUGCUGAAAAACACUAUGCAUGAAGAAAAGGUGGCUGUUGUGGGAGAGGCAUUGGACACAGCUCAGGUGGACAACAGGAAACUCUCUCAGAAUUUAGAGCAGACCUUACACGCCAAGCGAGAGGCGGAGUUAGACGAAGCGAGGAAAGAGAUUGGGCAUUUGACUGAGCAGGUUGACACCCUUAGUCAGCAGCUCCAGAGAGAAAAGAACUAUGGGAGGAAGUUGGCUGACAAGGAAAUAUCCGAGCUAAAGAAAGCACUUGAUAAAGCUUCAGCCAGGUCAGGUGACCUCUCACAAGCCAAUCGAGAGCUACGGGAGAAAUUUUCAGAGCUGGAGAAGAUAGUGUCCAGUCAGAAGUCUCGAAUUAAAGCUCAGAAAGCCCAGCUAAAACAGCACCUGGACAACAGAACGGCUUUGGCACAUUCAAAGAAAGUCAAGGAUUUGGAAGCAGAAAUCACAAGCCUGGAAAACUCAAAGAAUGAAUAUGAGAAGAAGUGUUUGGAACAGUCUCAGUCAUUGCUGCAGGUGCGCAAUGAAAUGGUAUCUCUGCAGACUGAGCUGCAGAGUCUGUCCUCCAGCCAGCAGGGGGAGCUACAGGCAGCAAGAGACCUCACUCAUAGACUACAAGAGAAAUGCAAGAUGCUGGAGAUGUAUGUAGCAAGGUUGAGAGAGGAGAGGGAUGAAGCAGAAGUGAAAAUGAGGGAAGUCAGUUUGGAGUCCCAGCAGAUCUCCGACAACCUGCAGGAGGCACACUGUUGGUUCCGUGCCAAGUUCGAGAGCUUAAAAACAGAGGUGGAGCAGAAUGGGGUGGAACCUCUGGAGUGUGCUGAGCAAUCCAGGGGAACCUCAAGAGACAGCACAACAGGCUCUCUUACAGAGGACACUGGCAAGGUCCUGCUGUGUGUGGCUGAGCCAGAGGUGGAGCGCUGGGAAUCUACCUUGCAGCGCUGGGAGACAAAGAGAGAGCUGGCUCGCAUUGCCCAGGGCUGCAAACCCACAGGAUGAACACAGCCGUGCACACAUACGCUUACUGCACACUAACUAACAUUGACACACACGCACACACACUGCACAUUCACUAACAUUAACAUACGCACACACACCACGUUGUAUAAAAGUAUGCUUCAGUACUUAGAAAAUCCAUGAGGUACACCUCUAUUUAUAUUUAUUGGCUGCUAAAAACUAGAGUGUGGAAAAUGUAGAAUAUUUUCUGUCAUUUUACCUGAGGCUAUGAGCCUCAGGUAAAUAAUGCAGGUAUAUAUCUCUGAGAGAAUUAUAGCUAAUAAAACUAUUGUGAAU